CCUUUCUCUAGGUGCUCCCGAGGCAGGGGUGUGAAGCGCUGAUCACCGAGGUAGAAUACGAACAACUCUGAUGCGUUGAAAUAUAACUUGUAAAGCUGGUUUUUGUACCUAGUAGGAGCGCCAGCACGUCAGUCUUGGUCGACUUUAGCAACACAUUGGUCGCUGCUCCUUUUGUAGAUUUUCACCUGUAGUUCCUCUUCAAUAUGUUUCUGGCCAAAAAACUAAUUGGUGGCAUCCUGGAUGUUGUGAGCAAUGUUGACCCCGGUCAAUUCAUGCCAUCAGAGCCUCCCCCACCACGCAGACCUCUGGCCUACGCUAAGCCGAAGGAGAAUGACGAGGAGACACAGUUUCGCAAGGUGUUCCAGCAACUCGCUGGGGAUGACAUGGAGGUGAGCCCCACUGAACUGAUGAACAUCCUCAACAGGAUCAUUGGCAAACGUAGUGACCUGAAGACUGAUGGCUUUAGCAUCGAGUCAUGCAGGAGCAUGGUGGCUGUCAUGGACAGCGACAGCACAGGAAAGCUAGGUUUCCAUGAGUUCAAGUUUUUAUGGAACAACAUCAAGAAAUGGCAGUGCAUCUACAUAUCAAAUGACACGGACCGCUCAGGGCUCAUCUCCUCACAAGAGCUUCCUGCUACCUUCAAAGCUGCAGGCUUCCCUCUCAACGACCAGCUCUUCCAGUUGAUGGUACGCAGGUACAGUGAUGAACAGGGCAACAUGGACUUUGACAACUUCAUUGGGUGCCUGGUCAGACUGGACGCUAUGUGUCGAGCUUUCAAGACUCUGGACAAAGAUGAUGAUGGAAUCAUCAAUGUCAACAUCCAGGAGUGGCUUCAGUUGACCAUGUACUCAUAAAACAUCAGGGAAAGCCUACAAAAAUCCUACAUUCAUCUCUUCAUUUAUCUCUCUCUCUUUCUCUUAUUUUAGAUUUUUAUUUCAUAUGACCAUUGUUAUUAUUGUUUACAGACGUUCAUACGUCAUUUAGUCAUGAAAGUUCAUUCAAUUCAUCACUAGAUGGCAGCAUUGCAGCAACCUAGGAAAGCACAAAUCCAUGUUCUGUCCAAUAGGCCAAACUCAAAUACCUUUCUAUAUUCCCAAAUAUUUUAAAGUUUUGUGUUUUCCUUUUUUCCAGAAAAACACUUGGUCAAACAUUCCAUACUGCUAUGUAAUGUAAUAUAUACAUUCUAGUGCUCAAUAAAGGGGCAAUAUUACCUAA